CGAAUCAGUCGUUUUUCAUAUUUCCUCCAAAGCGGACGGAGUACAAAAAAGUGCGUAUAAACGUACGUUUGGUGUUUUUUUAUUUUCACAAUAUUCUUAUAACAUUUACACAUAGAUACACAAACAUACACACGCACGCGAACACACUCUAUAUGCAUACAUUCAAACAUACAUACAUAUACUCCCGAUAUACAAACAAACGUACCUAUGUAUAUAGUUACAAAGAUACUUUUGUCACAUUUUUACCUUUUUGGAUUUCCUAUUAAAUUUUCACAAAAACGUCUAUAAGUGAGGACGGUUCGUGCUCUUUAAAUUUCAAUUACAACAGCAACAAAACAUCUAAAGAACAUUGGAAAAAUCGGAAAACAAACAACAACAAAACAGCAGCAACUACAUUAAGAUUGUAACAACAACAACAAUAAGAAAAGUUGACAAUCAGCAGACACGUACAUAAGAACGACCUUAUCGAACUGUGUGCAGAAAGAACGACGUUGAAAUUCAUUCAUUGAAAUUUUUUCGCAAAUGAAUUAGUAGUUGCUGUCUUUGUUAUUUUCGCAUUCGUCGUCGAUGUAUUCGCCUCGCCGCAUUCGUAUAUAGAAUAAAUAAACGACUAAGAAAAAAAAACUUGAAUCAAAAAAAUUUAGAAUGAAAGAAACGAAGAAACUAAAAAAAAAACUGAAUGAAUUUAAAAAGUGUGAAUCAAUUUGAAAAUAACUAAGUAUGUGCAUAAAGAAAUUAAAUAAUUGAAAAUUUCUAACAAUAAUAAAAACUAAAAAAGAAAAUAAUAAAGAAUAACUAAAAGUAUUAAUAAAUAAUUAAAUUAUGAGUAAUGAGUACUUUUUGUUAAAGUUUUCAAUAAAUUAAAUGUUUAAAAAAGGGGUAGGGGGAUUUGUUUAAAUAUUUUAUUUAAUUGAAAAAAAGAACUAACUGAAAAAAUGGGCAAAAGACCAACGUCAUCGAUAAACACGGCGAAAAAAAUAGAGAACAGACAAACAAAUAAUUGAAUAUCUUACAAAUAAAUCAUAAAUAUAAACGAAUUUAAAAAAGAAAAUAAAUGAUCUUUUAGCUAAACGCUCUCUUUUACUAAUAGUUCAUUCAGAUUACAAACUCUCUCUCUCCCACUCUCUCUCUCUCGUACACACACACACCUACAAACUAAAGCAGGAAAAUAUAAUUAACGGCGAAUUUAUCUUAACGUGUUAAACGAAAAGAUCCCUAACUAAUAAUCAUACGCUCCCGAACACUCUUGAAAUCUACUUAUGUAAAUGUAAUGGUGUGUAUGUGUGUGUUGAUUCUCUCUCAUUUAAUUUUAACUCUCUUUCCUCGCCCAAUUUGACUACUAAAUUGUACUUUAAGGCACCGUGACUCGCGUGAGAGUGGCACGCAUGCAACAAACCACCUCGACAGACAUUAGUUCGAGGUAGACAGUGCGCGAUACACAACCACUUGGAUUUAUUUCGCUUGAAAGCGUUUCUAACAAACUGUCUCGUACCAUCGAUCGAUCCGUCGCGGGGCUGACUAACAACAACUACACAAGAAAGCAAAAUAAAAAAAAAUCAAACAAAUAAAUAAAAUUAUAAAGAAAGAAAUACCGAAUGAGUGUGCGUGUCCAUAUUAAAAUCGAGUAUAUAUCCGCCUCUGUACGUUCGCCAAGAAAACGUUUUAAACUAACAGCAACAACAACAAAAAGUGACCACACGUUUAGGCCUUAAUUUCUUUUAAAUGUAAUUUAUUUAUAAAAUAUAAAUCCUGCUUAUUUUAACGAUCCGACGAUAACACUUUUAAGCAACGACUCAUUCAGUUUUUAAAGCAAAUGUUAUUAAACGAAAUUUAAAGAAAAAUAACGAAAAGUAUUUAGUGCCUAAAAAUAUAAUAAUAACAACAACAGCAUACAAAAAAAAUCAAACAAAUCUUUUCUCAAAUCUUCUGCUAAAAUACAAAAAUUAAACAAAAAAUAUUUUUUUUUUUUUUUUUCAAAAAUUUAUAAAAAAAAAAGUAUUAUCAAAAAGAAAUAAUAAUAAAAAGAGAAGAGGAAGAAAAUAAUUCAAAUAAAAUAAAAUGAAAUUGUGUGAAUUAAGUGUAUACACGUCUACAAAUACCAAUACAACAAAUACAACUACAAAUACAAAACGUAGCUAUAAUAAAUGUAUGUCUAAAACAAAAUCUUCAACAUCAUCGUUGUUGUUUUCAAACUCUUCGUUGUCGUCGUCUUCUUCAUCAUCAUCAUCAACAUCCUCAUCAUCAUCGUUGUAGUCGUCGUCAUCGUCGUCACCGAUGUUGUGUUUAUAUAAAUGUAUAUAUUGAAAAUAAUUUAUGAAUGAAUUAAAGAAAGAAGAAAAAAAAUAUUCAGCAAAUCAACAACAACAACAACAACACCGUCUCAUUAUCAUAAAUAUGUAGUAGUAUGUUUAAAUAACAAAUAAUUAAACAAAAUCGUUUUAAAUUUGCAAAUUUCUAUUAAAAUUUUUAUAAGAAUUUAAUACAAAAAAAAUAAUUAUACACAAUUUAAAAAAAAAGAAAUUAUUAAAGAAAAAGAAAUAGAAAAAAGUGCAACUGUGUGUUAAAUCCAAAAAAAACAUAAAUUAUUUCUUCAUACAUACUUCUUACUCAUAGUUAUACACAAACAACAACAACAAAUAAACAUCAUAAAAACAUACAUUUAUAAAUAAUACAUACAACAGCAACAAAAACAAAAACAACAACAUCUAAUAGUAAAAGAAAAGUAAAAUACUUAAAAACCUAUCUAUGUUUGUUUGAAUGUAUGAAAUGUAAGUUUUUCUUUACAUAAAUAUCUGCUAGAUAGAUGUAUGUAUAUGAAUCUUAAAUAAGAAACCAACAAAAUUAAAAACAACAACAACCAGCAGCAGCAACAGCGGCAUAUUCAACCAUCUGUCAUUUCCUGUCUGGAUUUUGUGUGUAUGCCUGUGUGUGUGUGUGGAUUAUUACAACAAGUUAAACACUAUAAAAGAUUUAAAUGAGUUUUACUAUUUCUGUGAAACAACAACAAAAACAUCAUUAAUUUUCUUUUUUUUCACUUCUUCUUUGACUACGAUUCAAUUUGAUUUGAUUCGAUUUAAAUCAUUGUGGAAUCUAAACAAUUCAAAAUUUAAAUACAUACAACAACAGACCACAAAAAACAACAACAAAAGAAUUAAGGAUUAUUUUAAAAUCUUCCACAAAACGGCAUCGAACGAAUUUUUAUGUUAAUUAUAUUGGAUUGCUUUUUAAAAACAAUAAAGCGAUCAAAUUAUUGGUGGACGCAACAAAAAAUCUACAUAAUUGAUCGAAAUCUUCUUAGGUAAUUGAAGAGUACGAAUUUCAAAGCUCUGUUAAGAGGAUGAGGAAAACUGAUGAUCCCCGGAGAAGAUAUCGAGGGGAUUGAGGUUUUAAACAUAAUUACUUAAACGCUACAUGGAUCGCAGAAAUGGCGGCGAUCCCUUGGCGCCUCCCCGGCCCCCUAAAUUGUUACCUAAAGUCCAUCGUCCUAGAGCUCCCGAGCCGGAGAUGAUGAGCGCAGUGUCUCAAACAACUUCACAGACAACACCAGUAGCAACAGCAGCAGCAGGCGUAGCAGUAACAAACGUAGUGAACACACCUCAAUGUACAAACCAAUCAGAUUUAAGUAGAAAUAAUAAUUUGAAUCAGUCGCAUCAUUUAAGUAGUAGUAUUAAUAGCACAUCGUCGUUGUGGUCCUCUUCAGUGGCGAAUACAGCGUCAACAAUUCCAACGACAACGACGAGUCCACCAGCAACGACACCCUUAGUUGCCAACAACAUUAGAUACAAUAGGGUCAGUUAUAAUAAUAAUCAUAUUGGAAACAUUGAUGUUGUUACCCAACAGCCCACACAAUUUGACGAUUAUCAAAUACAUCAUUUAACUUUCCUACCACAAAGACCCUGUAAUCUAAGCCGAAACAACAGUCACGUUAGCUCAUCAUCGUCCUCAUCUUCGGUUACAGUUUCGAAUAGUUUUACGAGACGUCGACCUCCACCGCCAACACCUGGGGGCGCUGGCUCGGCAGUACCGCUACUUACCAUUAGUGGCAACAAUAACAACAAUAAUAAUUUCCUUAAUCAUUUCCAUAGUGCAGAACCGGUACCAACAUCUCCCGUCACACUGGCGCAACCGCGACCCGAAUCCGAACGGCUCGCCAAUGAGUAUGUGGACACUCCAUUGCGAACGGCCCAACAGCUGCAGAAUGCGACACGAAUGCAACAUCCGGCCGGUCAACAUGACAACGGUCAGACGACGACGCAUCACCUGCUGUUGUUGCCACAGCGUGAACUACGCCAACAGCAGCAACAACAGAGCCAAAGCCAUCAGCACUUACAUCGACUUGCCGGAACUGCUGGUUCAGCGAACGCAACGAUGGGUAUUGAUGGCACUGACGGUCUUUUACAUUCGCAGCACCACCACCACAACAUCCACAAUCACCAAACCCAUCAUCAACUUCACAAUCCCAAAGCGUCAACAAAACCUGCAACGGUGACGGAGAAGCUAUCUCCGAAACCAGAAACGAGGGGAUUUCUAGCGCCUGGUAUACAACCCAUAAAUCAACCUAUCACCAAACAACCCGCCUUAUCAAACACCGACAACGCUUGCAAGUUUGCGAAGGAACUACCCGCUCUCGACGAGUUGCUCGACAUACACAACAUUGCAACCGGUAUAUCAACGCCGCAGGGCAUGGUCUCCGCUGUCAAUGGAGCCAGUCCUUUGGGUACACCAAUUGUCAUUGGUAGCAGCGAUGCCCCGUCAUCACUCAAUCCAAUCACUUGCCCUCGCUGUGAUCGCUGCCGUUGUGAACAGUGUCAGAGUCCGAGACCGCUGCCUCAAACAUGGGUCUGUAACAAGACCUGUCUCUGCAGUGCCGAGUCCAUAAUAGACUAUGCAUCCUGUUUAUGCUGUGCUAAAGCGCUUUUCUACCACUGUGCCCGCGACAACGACAUGGACUGUGACGAUAGUUCCGGUACACCCUGUGUCGAUAACCCCUGCUCGUGUGGACCCUACAAACGCACUCAAAGAUGGGGUUGGUUGGGCGCUCUAUCACUCGUCCUACCAUGCCUGUGGUGUUAUUGGCCCAUGCGAGGCUGUGUGGCAAUGUGUGAGAAAUGCUAUGGCAAAUUCGCGAAGCGAGGUUGUCGCUGUCAACAAAUUGGCUCCACAUCCAGCAUGUUUCCCAUUACAUCAGCCGCUAAUGGUGCAAACAUUGUCGUUCUAAGCAAUGGUACUGGUCUGCAAAGCAACUCAAAUGGCACAACCAAAUCAUCAGCAACUAGCGGUAAUCACCAUCAUAUUCACCAUAAUGACUGCAGUACUACAAGUAGAAUCCUGCGCAAAGGCGACCUAACGCCAGAAAAAAGAUUACUAGACUCCAGUCCCGAGUAUUAGAACAAUGUCUGAAAUUCUGCUAAAUUCUAUAGUAAAAUUUGUGUGCCUGGAGGAGUGCAAGCCGACGUUCACACAUUUCAAAAUAAAAGGUGGUGUUUUGAAGAUUUUUUAAGUGCGAAAAGUUUUAAAUAAAUUAUGUUAAAAAUUCAAAGCAUUUAUGAUGUAAAUAAUGUACAUGUUUAUAUAUUAAUUAAUUAAUAAUAAAGUAAAAUAAAUUUAAUUAAAGACAAAACUAAAUUAACUCAAAAUAAUGUAUGUAUUUAGAUAAAAUCUCACGCUACUACAACUUUCAAUUAUUAUUAUUUCAAAAAUAAUAAUAAUGAGCAAAAUAACUAAUGCGUCUAAAAAAAGAAGAUAUAAGAAAUUUAAUAAGUAAAUUAUUCUAAUUGUAAUUGUAAUGUAUUAACAAACCAACAACUUAAGUAAUAAUGAUAAUGAUCUAUUUAACGGAAUGUAUCUAUAAGAUGAACCGUUUAUUUAGAUUUUGAAAAUGUUUUGCCAUUUUGUUAACAUUUUUCCAUAAGUGUUUUUAACUGAAAAUGGCCAAGUGUAGAAAACAUACAAAUUAAAUACCAAAUUCUUUUUUUUUAAACUUCAACACCACCACCAACAACUACAACACUUACAUACAUACAUAAAUACAUACUUACAUGCAUACAAACAUAAAAACACAUACACUCACACUUACACACGCAUACUACCACAAAACGAUUAAGAUAAAUACCAAUACAUAUUAAUUAAAAAUAAAUUUAAAAUAAAAACACAAUUAACUAAAACUAAUAAAGAAGAAAAAAAAACAAAAACAAAAGUACGAAAUUAGCAAGAGAAAUUAAUGUAAAACUAAAAUUAAAAAAUUAAUAAUGAAAAACAAAAAAAAAACUAAACUGAAACUAAUAUUAUUAUAAUUAUUAUACAUACAAACAAACAUAUUACAUACUACGAGUAUAAUGUACUACAUACAUACUAUACGAUACUAUCUAUUAGCUAUUUUAUGUAUGAAAAAAAAAAAUAUUUAAAAGAAAAAAAUAUAUAAAAUAAAUUUUAAAAAAUAAUAACCAAAGACUGCAAACAGAUAAUUAUUAAUAAUUAGAAAUGUUAAAAAAAGAAACUAAAAACAAAAUAUAUACAUACACAGAUACAUACAUACGAAAAUAUAGUAAAUGAGGAAAUAAACAAAUCAACAUAGAUACAGAUACAUAUUACAUACAAAUAAAUGAUCACACAUUCACUCACGUUCAAGUUCUAUCGUAUCAAUAUAACAAACAAAACAAAAUUUUAAACAAAAUAAAGAAAAAUUAAACAAAAUUAUUAUCUUAAAGAAAAUAUGUAUAGAAAACCAUAAAAAUAAAACAAAACAAAUUUAAGUUCAUGUUCUUGUUAUUGUUGUUAUAUUUUAUAUUUUACUUGUUGGCUUAAUUCGUAUACAAAAAAAAAACUAUAAACUAAAAUUUUUACUUUAUUAAGGAGGUCCAGUUUUUUCGGAGACAAUGAGACUAUAUUCGUAAAAAAGUAAAAAUGAAUGAGGAAUUUAUUUAGAGAUAUUCGAUUCUGUCGGAAGAUUCUUUCCGAUGUGUUUUUCAUAUUUUCUUUAAAUGAUCUUUAAAAGACCUAUAGAAUAUUAUCAAAAUUCCAUUCGUUAUAGAAAAAAUUUAAGUUUUUGAAGAAAAUUUUAAUUCUGACAAUAGAGGGAGCUUCGACAACAUUCAUUUACUGCAGUGGACCUGUUUGACUUUAUUGAGAACAAAAUAAUUCCUUUGAAAAACUAAAAUUUAACACAGAACUUAGAAGAUAUUGUUACAUUGUUUUGCUUAGUACUAAGUAUUCCGGAACAUUCGGUUUAUUGCGAAAAAAAAGUGAUUACAUUGAGGCAUCAGGUUCUUUAAUUUCCAGAACAUUUAGUUUAUUGAGAAAAAAAUUGAGUGCAUUGAGACAUCAGGUUUAUUCAUUUUCAGAACAUUUGGUUUAUUGAGAAAAAAAUUGAUUGAAUUGAGUUUCUUUCAAUUUCGGAACAUUUGGUUUAUUGA